ACUGUUCCUGCAUUUGAAUUAAAUUUUCUAAAUAAUUAUUAUUCAAAAUAAAUACUUAUAAUAUAUAGAUUAGACCAUCCUACCUAGUUUUUCGUGAAUGUUUGUGUUUAUUGUGUAAUUUAAUAAAUUGGAAACUGUAUUAUGUUGUACACAAUAAUAACAUCUGCAUAACUGCAUAAAACUAAUUGGAAAAAUAUUACUUUAAAAGGAGUAAAUACUAAAGAACAAAGAUGAUUCACGACGCGCUUUUAAUCCUAUGGGAUUGCUCACAUGCUGUAGAAAAACAGAAAGAAGUUGUAACAUACGCCAACCAAGGAGACCCAGAAAUAUUUGCCAGAAUAACUGAUGUAGCCAAGAGUCACCAUAAAAUCCAACAUUUUGUUGAAGCCACUGGAUUCCGCUCCAGAAAGUCUAAUAUGGGUCUCAAGCUAUGUGGCCUAUACUCUCAAGCUCUCAGCGAGGGCUUUUCAGAAGUUCUACAGUCAUACAAAAAAGACCUAAUGGAGGUGGAAGGCUUAGUAAUUGGGAACCAUAACUACACUUUAUCAUUUGUAUACAGCUACGUAGAGAAGUACCGCGGACUGUUUAACACUUUAAAUAAGAUUAUUUCUACAAUUGAGCAACGGAAACUAACUGGUUGCCAGAUAUUGAGCUUACUGCACCAGUACAUUUUGAAUGGCAGUGAAAAAGUUCGAGAAGCAAUUUUGAGAAUAUUUUCCUGUGUGAACAAAGUAUUUGUGAAUCAAUUGUGCACCUGGCUCCUGUACGGAGAACUGAAGGAUCCGUACCAUGAGUUCUUUAUACUGAACAAUCAGGUGCAAGACCCUUCAGAUACAUUUCUGUCUUGCCCGUCCUCCACUAAUACGUGUGAGAAAUCCCUUGUUUCUACUCUUCAAGACACGACCCUGGAAUGUGGAUAUACUCUCAACACCAGUAUGAUUCCAUACUUUGUGCCUCUGUCCCUUGCACAGGAGAUUUUGUUCAUAGGCAAAACUAUUAUAUUGUUUGGCUUUGAUCCUAAAAAAGAGAAGAAGAAUAGCUCUUUUGUUGCUAGCCGGACUUUGAUGCCUUUGCAGAAGUGUGGGGUGGAAUCUAGAAGAUUUACAAUUUGGGAAGACAAGGAAGCAGAAUUUCAUGAGAAGUUGCAGAAACUCAAGGACCCAGAAGUGUUUGAAGUUUGCAAUCUGAGAGGAGUUAUCAGGGAGAUAAAGGAAUGUGUCACUAGGCACCUCUGGACAGUGGCAGUAGAGGAAGCGCAAUUGAUACACGAACUGAAACUGAUGAAAGACUUCUACCUGCUCGGUCGAGGGGAACUGUUCCUGGAGUUGCUGCGGCUCACGGCCCACAUGCUCGACAAGCCUACCGCCAGGACUUCUACUAGAGAUAUGAACCACGCGUUCCAGUUGGCAGCAAGAGCGGUGUUGCUCAGUAACAGUGCGGAUAUUGAGAAGUUUAGCUUCGAGCUGCCGUACGUGAAGCCCAACGUGUCGGCUAACACGAGCAUUGAGGACGAUAGUAGCACUGUGGCAGACGGCUGGUCCAGUAUAAUUCUGAAGUAUGACUUCAAAUGGCCCCUACACCUCUUGUUCACGCCAGAAGUACUAGCUCGGUACAACGACAUGUUCCGCCUUUUACUGAGAAUCAAGAAGACACAACAUGACCUGCAUGCGCUUUGGAAAACGUAUAAACAGUCUACAAGCUUCAAAAUGUGCCAACUACACAACAAAUUGAUGUUCCUGAUGGACAAUCUCCAACACUACAUGCAAGCAGACGUACUGGAGACCAACUUCUCCCGCCUCAUGGACGCCGUGAACAAAACCAACGACUUUGAGAAGCUUAAGAAGGCACACGCUAACUUCCUAGCUGAUGUGCUCAGCCAGUCGUUUCUUACUGUUACUUCUUCGGGUGAGAGUGACAGUUCAGACCUGACGGACUCGCUGAACAAUCCAGUGUUCUGCAAUAUCAUGGAGCUGCUGAAGCUGUGUCACUCGUUCUGCGGGAUGAACGACACGGUCGAUGACAAGGAGGCCGAGGACUAUUACAUCAAGGGAUAUUCUGAUCGAUUCAGCAAGCUAGUGAAACAAUUAAUGCAGUUACUAGUCUCUCUCCGCGACCGUCCGUGUGGUGUGUACCUCGCGAGACUUCUAAUGAGACUGGACUACAAUCGGUGGCUAAGCGGAGAAGCGCAGUUGACGCAAUCUGUCACCAAUAUGCUGCGGUACUAGCACUAGGUAUUGGGAAAAUGUAAAUGAAAGAAAAGUAUGUAUUUCCUCAUGUUAUAUCCAAGGAUUUUGGAUAUAAUCAGUGCCUUUUGAAAGACAUGAGAUUUCUUUCAUGGCCAUUUGCAAGAGUUGAUUUCAUACGUCCUUGAAGAUUAGUCCUAGAUCACUGCAUCAAUAAUAUUGUGACUAAAACUAAAAUGAUGUAUUAUGCCUAUGAUAUCUAGCAGAACACAUAAAACAAAAUUAAAAUAUGAAAUUAAUCACCAUCUAAUAAUGAAUACUGCAAAAGGCAAAAUGUGCCUAUGGAGAUCAAAAGCGACGCUAACGCCCUCUAGGAUAGCAGAGAGUUAAAACUACUAUGAAUAACUGUUGCACGAUUGCACAUGUCUGUCACUCACACAGCAUAGAUAGUUAGCGAUAAUCUCCAAUAUGAAUCUAAUGUACCAUUUGUUAUUUAUAUAAAUAAAACACUAAAAUAUUAUAAUUA